UUGUUCCACGUAGUCACUUUUGGAGUGCGGUGCAGUCCAUCGGAAGGUGCAUCGAUUUUGUUCAAAUCUUUCAACUGAGAUUGCACGGAAAAGGGAGGCGGAGGCGAUUAAUGGCGCCGAAGACGAGCUGUGAUUCUUAGCGCCGACUUCAAGAAAACGCUUUGCAGACGUCGAAUUUUAGAAAUAACAUUAAAAGGACGCCGGCCGGGAGAUAACACACAAUUUCACCAUGAGAGCGAGGAAAAAGAUUUGGAGCAUGAAAUCGAGCCACCGCGCUGCGUUACAACUCAUUAUUCUAGUGAUUUGCAUACACAGAAGCAAUGCACAAUGCUUCGGUGGUACGGAAACGUACGAGAAAACGACUGGAGUCAAAUUUGUGUUUGGCACUUCGCAAGGGCUGCUGACCCAGCCGGGCACGGGCAUCACCAGAGACUGCACCGCAAUUUGCAGGCAGACGCCCUCCUGCGCCGCCUUUUCAGUCGAUUAUGAGAAUUCGCGGUGCCAAUCGUACACAAUGGGCUCGUCGGGCCACCGGAACAGUCUGCAGGAGAAAAUCGGCAGCAACUUUUACGAGAAAAUCUGCCUUCGCGGAGUUUCGAACCUGAGUGCCAUGUGCGGGGACCGGCUGUGGGCGUUUGAGCGGGUGCUCGGCGCCUACCUCGAGGGCUUCGACGACAGAGAGGAGCGCAACGUGCAGAGCAAGACCGAGUGCGAGAAGCUGUGCCUCUUUGAAACCAGCUUCACCUGCAGGUCAGCCGAAUAUGACGAGACGCAGAACAUUUGCCGACUGAGCAGAGAGGAUCGCCGCAGUCAGCCAAAUGCCUUCAGGCGACAAGUGGGCGGCAAUGUUGACUACCUCGAGAACCAGUGCGUCAGACCUUUGCCGGACUGCCGGUACCACCCCCGUCCAGACAACGCCGUCCUUUCGAUGGACGAACUGCAAUUCGCGGCGAGCCAGGGCGAGUGCGAAGCCCUUUGCGACCAGGCGCGCGGCUUCACCUGUCGCGCGUUCACCUACGCCGCCGACGAGAAAAGGUGCUACCUGAGCGGUGACGACUCCAUCUCGCUCAACAACGCGCCACUCAUGCUCAAACGGGGUGCCCUGUACGCCGAGAAACAGUGCAGCAUCAGUCAAUGUGAGGAUGGCAUGUUCACGUUCGAGAAGGUGACGGGCCACUUUCUGCGGUCUGCCCAGCAGGUCGGCCUUUCGAUGGCCGCCUCGCCAGGCGUGACCCUCGAGUGCAGCCAGCGGUGCCUCGAGUCAGGGUCGGACUGUCCGGCCUUCACGCUCGACUACGCGGCCAUGAAGUGCUUCAAGCUGGACAGGAACACGCAGGGUAGGACCAGCGACCUCGCGGCCAGGGACGGACAGAGCUACUUUGAGAAAAUCUGCAUCAGAGGAAACAUCAGGGGAUGUCAGGGUAGGGCGUGGGCGUUUGAACGUCGUCCUGGCAAAGAGUUGCGUGGACACGACGACGCCAAGGCGGGCAUCGUGCAGAGCAGACGGGACUGCAUGGAAGCGUGUCUGGGUGAAAGGCGCUUCGAGUGCCGCUCGGCCGAGUACGACUCCAAGACCAGCGAGUGCAAACUCAGCAGCGAGGACCGCAGGAGCAAGCCGAAUGAAUACGUCGACGCGCCGCCCCACAUCGAGUACCUCGAAAACCAAUGCAUUCAAGGUGACUUCCGUGGUUGCAAUUUUGAGGCGGUAGCAAAUUCCUAUCCCCGAUAUCUGGAUCUCGUGAUUCCGUCGGUGAGCGAUGAGAUGGACUGCGAGAGGCGCUGCUACGCGUACAAAGACUUCAUCUGCCGCUCCUUCUCCUACUACCCGUCCGGAAACCAGUGCUUCCUCAGCGGAGAUGACAGAGCGUCUGCCGGAAACGAGGCGAUGAUGACGCGGCCAGGCACCAACUAUUACGAGCGGAACUGCCGCAACGUCGACGGAAACAUGAACAACCUGCCCCCGUUGGGGCCGGGCACCCUGGAUCCGCAAGGUACCUUAUUUGGCAGGCCGAGUGACGUCGACUCGGCCAAUCGCCAGCCGGAGGGUAGAAGCAUAAGCCCGGGGUUUGGUCCUCCUGGUUUUCGGCCUCAGGGUCCUCCGCUUCCUCCUCCUCCUCAGUAUGGGGGCAGCCCUGGGGGUGGCCUGCCGCCGCCGUUCCAGCAGGGUGGUCGACCGCCGUUCAUCGACGGAGGCCGCCCCCCGUACGGACCGGCCCAACCCACGGUCGGCGGCGUCCGGUGUCCAGGACGCCUGGAGUUCGAAAAGGUCACCGGAUUUGAGUUGACAGGCGAGCGCGGAUACAGUUUGGCGCGCGACCGGCUGCCGGGCAUCACCCUGCAGUGCGCCCGCCGCUGUCAAAACGACCCGCGCUGCGCCGCUUUCAACAUCGACUACCGAGGGAGCGAGUGCGUGGCGCUCACCGUCGUCACCGAGUCAAGCCGCAUCGACCUCCGACCCACGCCAGGCGUCGCCUACUUCGAGGGCAUCUGCCUCAGAGGAGGAGGUUGUGGUCAAACUUGGACAUUCGAGCGAUACGUGAACUACGAACUUCGUGGUUUUGUGAACAUGAGGUAUCAGGGCAUCAGCAAAAUCGAGUGCCAGGAACGCUGCUUGGAAGACAGGGUCUGCCGAUCUGCAACUUACAACUUUCGUCGGCGAGAAUGUUUCUUGAGCACCGAAGACCGAUUCAGCCAACCGCAGGCGUUCAUUGCCUCAGUCGACACCGAUUAUAUGGAAAACCAGUGUGCUGCUCGCCCAUCGAGGUGUGUCUAUCGCAACCAACAACGGGAUCUUCAGCUUAUGUAUGUGGACAAGAGCCUGUCUGCGUUCAGUGACUCAAGUUGCCAGCAAGCCUGCGAUGUUGAGAGGGAAUUUGUGUGCCGAUCUUUCACAUUUUUGAGCCAGACUGGAUUGAAUACAAAUCAGUGUCUCCUGAGCGGCGACACUGGAGUGGCAGUUGGAAGGAGUGGUUUUGUGCCCGUCAGCGGCGCCCUUUUCGCCGAACGCGAGUGUUCUGGGCCUCCAGGCCCCUCCGGUCCCCGGCCCGUAGGACCUGCACUUCCUCCUUUGGGGCCGUCGGGCCCUCCAGGUUACGGCCCUCCGCAGGUCCCCCCUCGAUUCGGGCCAAGCAACCUUCCGCCAGUCUACCCAAGCCAACAGUACCCCCCACUCUACGGAAACUCGUUCAGCCCGACCAACAACUACCCUCCGGCCCUUCUGCCAGGACGACCCUCCCCUCAGGGUCCUUGGCCAGGACAACCCUAUCCUUCGCCCCAGAGCCACUACCAGCCUCCUGGGGGCAGGUACGCCUCCGGAGGGCCCAUCGGACCUUCGGCACUUCCGCCUCAGGGACCGACCAUCGGUGGUUUCGCUCAUGGAAACUUCCACGGAAACUUCCCCAUGCCCUUCCCGGGCGGAUUCGUGGAUGCGGCGAGCAAUGGAAUCUACAGUGACGCGGACCUCAACCCGUACCCUUGCAGGUUCACCCUGACGUACGAAAAGGUGGCCGGAGCCACUUACACUAAUGCUAGAAGAGAUCCAAUCAGGACGUGGGUGGAUGUGGGCAUCACUGCACACUGCCUGGUCGAGUGCGCGCAGCAGCGUGACCGCUGCAUGGCCGUGUCGCUGGAGAAUGUGCGCGGGGGGCGCCAAAGGUGCUACGCCCUCGACAGGUCCGCCGACGGCGACAACCAGCCUCUCCAGGCCGCUCCUGACCUCGGCUAUUUCCAAAAGAUUUGCCUCAGAGAGCGCCCUUGUCCAAAGGCCUGGGCCUUCACCAGAGUGCCUGGUUUUGAACUCGCCCUGAAAAACGCCCUGGAGGUGCGAAACGUCUACAGCAGACGCCAGUGCCAGGAUGAGUGUCUCCGUUCGUCCAAUGUUAUUUGCAGAUCAGCGACUUACUACUCUCGCGAGCGGAUUUGCAAAAUUAGUGCCGACACUCGACGAACGCAGCCCGAAUACUUCAAAAAGGCGACGGCUGAUAUCGACUACAUGGAAAACGAAUGCGCUCCGCAACCGGCCAACUGCGAGUACUCAGAUUUCCCAGGACGGUUCAUGCCCUAUUCUGAUCGUUACGUGGCACGUGCGUUCGACGUGACCGAGUGCCGGCGUCUGUGCGACCAGGAGCGCGAGUUCCAGUGUCGCUCUUUCAACUUCCACCCGCACCGCCGCGAGUGUUUCCUCAGCUCAGACGACACCUUCACCGCCGACAAGACGGCCCUCCUCACCGACAGGGACUUCUUCUACAGCGAAAGGGGCAGCUGCAGCAACGUGAAAGUCGAUUGCACCCAGUCGGACAUGUUAAUCACCUUCAUGUUCGCGGCGCCCUUUGAGGGCAGGGUGUACGCCACGGGCAACCCCCAAGCGUGUUUCGAACUCGGCAGCGCCCAAAACAAUCUCGUCCUGCGCAUCCCCAUGGGCACUCAGUGCGGAACCGUUCAACAAGGUCGAGGCCGGUACGUGAACCACGUGGUCAUUCAGCAGAACCCGGUGAUCAUGCAGGAGACGGACAAGACGGUGCGCGUCGAAUGCUCGUUCGACGCCAGCGACCAAACCCUGUCAUUCUCGCCGCAGGGCAACCGACAAUACGAGGGCGGCGGAAUCAGCGUCUCGGUGCCAUUUCGGCCCUCGGCGACCAACAUUGUGACCAACACGGCGCCCACGCCGCAGGUGAGCAUGCGAAUCGUGACGCGCAAUGGUCAGGUGGCGACCGCCGUCGGACUAGGCGAGGACCUGCAGCUCCGAAUCGAAAUCGAUCCGUCCAGCGCCUUCGGAAUUUUCGCUCGCAACCUCGAAGCCAGAACCGAAAACGGCGAGCUGCUCACCCUGAUCGACAACACAGGGUGUCCGAGAGACCCGAACAUCUUCCCCGGACUCUUCGUCGAGCAAGGCACUCGCAAUUUGUACGGCGACUUUAAGGCUUUCCGCUUCCCAUCAACCUCAAAUGUUAACUUCGUGGUCAGCAUCCAUUUCUGCCAGGACAUUUGCGAACCGGUGCAAUGUUACAAUGGAAUGUACUCAUUCGGAAAGCGGCGAAGACGUGAUCUUGGAAACUCCACUCAAGAAGUCAAGGUGGAGGAAGAAGAAGAAGUGACGGACGUGCCUGCGGCCACAACUAUCAAAGCCCAGGAGAUGUCAACCUCCGAGGAAUCGUCCACUUCAAAAGCGAAGGAACAACCUGAUGAAGAGGUGGUUGAAGUGGAAGAGCCAAAACCCACCCAAGAAGAAGCGGUUCAAACGACCAAAAAGCCAGCAAAGUCUGAAAAUAAAACUCUGCUGGAUUCAGACGCCCUGCAUUUGCCUCCGGGCUACCCGACCGGCUUCAGUUCUGAGGAGGAGCGGCAGCUGAAGAAAUUGGCAAUGCCCAGUCCAAAAACGGCCGACGAGAAGGAAAAUGAAAUCAGCAAGGAGCCUUUGCCUAGCGAACUUCCUCUGCAACUUCGGUUGGUGGUUGGUGAGGACUCGAUGCCUACGGAAAACAACGCGACCAAGCAGAAGAACAGCAACAGGAACAGAUUCUUGAUCAACCCCGCCAACAGCUUCAACCCCUACAAUGUUUAUCCAGAAUCCGUGUACUCGGAGGACGGCUUUGUGUGCACGCCUUCGUCGACGAUCAUCGCGUCGGUGUUCACGACGGUGUUCUUCAACGUGGGUCUGGUGGCCGGCUUCGUUUUUUUCUACCGCACCAAGAAGAAGCAGUGGCAGAAACUGUCCGGCUACGACAACACCACCUUCCAGAAUCCGGGUCGGGCGGACACGAGCGACGGAGGCAGCGGGAUUUUCUCGCCGGAAGUGCUUUUCCGCAGCGUGUACGACCGUCUUCCGGCGCGACCCUCGUUCUCCAACCUGCAGAGCACCAUCGCGGCCAGACACGCCAAGAACGACCACGAGGUGCUCGGUUGACAAAAGCGGAAAAUUCUCGAAAUUUAAAAAUUGGGACGAGAUAUGUAGAGGUGUUUCGAUAAUUUUAGUAGUGCUGGUAUCAAAUAUCAUUUUAGUUUAAUUAUAUUAUAUGUGCGCAUUAAUUGGCGAUUCGUGAGGGAGCAGCGGCCGUGAAUGAGUUGUUUUUCUCGGCCAGGGUUUCGAUUGCCCUGGAAUUCUAACGAAAAUGAUGCAAUUCCCGCGAGCUGCUUGUUCACAAACGGCCAAUUGUGGAAACCGCUUCCUAGUUACUUUAAUUUUUAGCACCUUAUUGUACAGAGAUUUAAACUUUUGCUUGUAAUUCAUUUAAUUAUCUUCCUUUAAAAUAAUUUUAAUUUAUUUAAGAUCAAUAUAUAAAAACCAAGUCGCUAUAAAUUUAAGUUGUAGUAGAAAAUUUAUCCUUUUCAAAAAAGGAAAAUGUCCGCGAUAUUUUUAUCUGUAUAAUUUUCCGUUUGUUUUUCACAUAGGCUGGUGAAGGAAAUAUAGUGAAUUAGAUUUUUAAAUUAAAAUAUUAUUAAUUAUUAUUUUAACAGAGUUCAAAUUCAAGCGUUGAAGGUUUUCAUCUUUGUAAAUCAUUUUUCAAUAAAAAUAUGGAACAUACUCAAAA